AUGACCUUACAGCCUGUGAACCCUCUCCCUGUCUCUACACAAUACUGGGAAUCAAAGAAACCAUAUAUUUAUUAUGCUGCACUAUCACGUGCAGGUCUUAGGGGCUUGGCUGCUUGUUGUCUCUACACCCUAUCAAUUAUGCAUUUCUGCAAAUUGACGCUCAAACAUCUUUUUACCAUACCGGGAUACUCGAAACACCCGCCAUCAACACGUUUCCGUCUUGAUUUGGUAGUGUUGCAAGCAGAGGCCGCGUGCAAGCUUGAAUUUAAUAAUAUAGACAUUCGCGGUGGUAGUCUGAACGAGUCAUCAACUACACACUUUCCCAUUUUUUCUCACCCAAUGUCAACUCUGCACGGACGGGAAAG